UGGAGGAAGGCGUCGCUUCUCGCUGGGAGCUGAACUGAACCGACUAGAGAGGAAGAGGAAAAUGGCGGACCUCGAAGACGUUACGCUGGACGGGAGACCGCUCCAGUCCCUUCGAGUAGCGGAUUUAAAAGCCGCUCUUGACGAGAGAGGACUCUCGAAAAGCGGGCACAAGAAUGCUCUCAUGAAAAGACUCAAAGGGGCUCUCAUGCUUGAGAAUCUGCAGAGGACCUCCACCGCUCACAUUGGACUGCAGCCAAACUCACAGAUUGGUGAGGAAAUGAGCCAGAACAGCUUCAUCAAGCAGUAUCUGGCCAAACAACAGGAGCUCCUGAGGCAGCGGCUGGAAAGAGAGGCUCGCGAAGCAUAUGACACAAAUGAGCCAGAGGACCACACAGAAGUUAAUAACAGUACAUCGUGCCCUCCUCAAGCCCAGGAUGCCACGCCAGCAUUGGCUGAGCAGUACAAGCCACCUGGCCCCUCUGGUGGAGAGGCAUUGUUUGUCGCAGUGAAUGAUGGAGAGGGUCACAGGAACCAGGAGGCUGACGUGUCCGGCCCUCCUGCUUCUGGCUCUGUGGCAUUCGCUCGUGUUUCUGGUGGUCCAGAGAGGGAAUCUGCCUCGAACGAAGCCGCCGCUGACAGCGACGACGACGACGACAGUGAGGAUGGCGAGGAGGAUGGCGACGACGACGAUUGGGAAAGCGGUGCUCGGAGGAGAAGCCACAGAGAGCCAGCCAGAGCGCCCACAUCCAGAGAGAGGUCCGGAGCAUCCUGUCAACCCCCGCAGCAACACAUGCCUUCCCUUUUGUCCCCUCAACUCCGCCAGCCAACACCUCCUCCCUCCCCACCUCCAGAGUUAUCAUUCCCCUUGCCUGACACCCCUAAACAGAGCCCCCCUAGUCCAGAUGUAGCUCCAGCCAGGCGCUCAUCCAGUACCUCCAGCUCUGGCUCCUCCAGCAGCGGCAGCCGCAGUAGCAGCCCAGAGCCACAGAGGAGUGGACAUGCCGAGCGCAAGCCGGGCCCGCUGACCCUUCUGGCGCGUAAAAUGGAGUCAGAAGGUGCUUUCUCGGGAGCAGGUUGGCACCGCGAUGGCGGGGUAGGUGAUAGGCAGGACAGCAGUUCUGGCCUGGUAUCUGCCAUCACUCACACAGCCAGUACUGCAGGCCAUGUGUCUUUUCCCACGAUUCCAGGCACCAACCAGGGUAUCACAGGAGCACAUUCGGCACAUAUUCAAGUACCUGUGAGUGUGCUCAAGGCCACUGCAGCAGAAGAGAGGGACAGAGAGAGGGACUCUGAGAAAGAAAGAGAAAAAGCCCUUGAGCUGGAAAGGCAAGAGAGGCAGAGAAAACUUGAGCAAGAGCGAGUAAAGGAGGAAGAGCGGGAAAGAGCUCUAGCCCUGGAGAGAGAGGAAAGAGAGAGAGCUCUGGAGAAAGAGAGGAUUGAACGACAGCAGGCAUUAGAAAGAGAGGAACGAGAGAAGGCUUUGCAGAGGGAGAGAGAACUUGCUCUUGAACGAGAGAGGCAGGAGAGGGAACUAGCUUUGGCUAAAGAGAGGGAAGAGCGAGAGCGAGCCUUAGCACGAGAGAGGGCCCUGGAGCUGGAGAGGCAGAAGGAGCUCGAAAGACAGAGGGCCUUGGAGCAAGAACGUCUGCAGAGAGAGAAGCGAGAGAGAGAAGACAUGGAGAGAGCAAAGGAGCUAGAAAGAGCCAAGGCUUUGGAGCAGGAAAGGAAGGAGAGAGAAAGGGCUCUUGAGCAAGAGAGGCUACAGAGGGAAAGAGCUCUGGAGGCUGAACGAAAGGAGAAGGAGAGGAUUGAGAGAGAAAAGGCUUUGGAGCAGGAAAGGUUGGAAAGGGAACGGUUAGAGAGAGAGAAAGCCUUAGAGCAAGAGAGACUAGAAAUGGAGAGAGCCCUGGAGCAAGACCGACUAGAGAGAGAGAAAGCCUUGGAGCGAGAGAGAAUUGAGCGAGACAAAGCCUUGGAGAAACAGCGACUAGAAAUGGAGAGAGCCCUGGAGAAAGAACGACUAGAGCGAGAGAAAGCCUUGGAGCAAGAGCGACUAGAGCGAGAGAAAGCCUUGGAGCUAGAGCGACUACGGCGAGAGAAAGCCUUAGAGCGAGAGAGAAUAGAAAGAGAAAGAGCUUUAGAACAGCAGAGGUUAGAGCUUGAGAGGAAGGAAAAGGAGAGAAUUGAGAAAGAGAAAGCAUUGGAGCAAGAAAGGAUAGAGAAGGAAAAAGCCUUAAAACGAGAGAGGGAGGAAAAAGAGCGAUUGGAGCGAGAGGAACAGGAGAGGAAGGAGAAGGAAAGAGCCGAGAAGGAGAGGAAAGAGAGGCUGGAUAGGGAGAAAGCUCUAGAGCAGGAGAAACUUGAAAGGGAGCGAGCCUUAGAGAAGGAGAGGCUGGAGAGGGAGAAAGCUCUAGAGCAGGAGAAACUUCAGAAGGAGAAGGAAAGAGCUGAGAAGGAGAGGAAAGAGAGGCUGGAGAGGGAGAAAGCUCUAGAGCAGGAGAAACUUCAGAAGGAGAAGGAAACAGCUGAGAAGGAGAGGCUGGAGAGGGAGAAAGCUCUAGAGCAGGAGAAACUUCAGAAGGAGAAGGAAAGGAAAGAGAAGCUGGAGAGGGAGAAAGCUCUAGAGCAGGAGAAACUUGAAAGGGAGAGAGCCUUAGAGAAGGAGAAGGAGAGGGCUCUCGAACAAGAAAGGUUAGAGAAGGAGAAAGCCAUGCAGAAAGAAAAGGAGGAGCAAGAGAGGGCCCUGGAACAGGAGAAAGAGAGAGCUAGGAUGGCUGAAAAGGAGAGGGAGAGUCACCUCCCUCCAUCCAAACGUGGCCGUGAGAUUGGUCUCACCCCCCUGCCCACUCCUCCCCCCCUCUCCACAGGACCAGGUAGAAAGUCUUCGACAGAGGCAAGAGAGCAGGAAGAUGUCCAUGCUCCAAUGUCCUGGAGUGAAGCAGCAGUAUCUGGUGCACCCAUGUCACCAACACCUCUGUUGCCUCAGUCCUCAUUCAAGAAGUUCCGGUUCUUAAGGGACUCCCCAAUUCAAUCUUCCUCCCCUUCCAUGGUCAUCAAGCGGCCCCGCAACUUCUCCGAUACCCCUCAGCCUCGGGCCUCGCCUGCCUCCUCCCUCACCGAUGUCGGGCAACGACAGCAGGAAGGACUCCAGUCCUCCGCUGAACAGGAUGAUUCACAGAAGCGGACAAGUCAGGAGGUUGCUGCCAGGGCGCCGGGGUCUGUGGGGGCCCAGGCUGAGAAGGAGACCACUGUCAGCACCACACUGGUCCCAAGUCCCAAAAAAGAAGGCACCUCAAGCCCAUUAUCGGAGGACAAAGAAAAAGCAGAUGCAGUGAAGUCGCAACAGGCUACCAAGGAAUCCACCAAAAAAGCAACAGAAGUGGAUGAAAAGAAGGGUUCUACAAAGCCAGUGGAUACUGCACAGCGGAGGGGAAGAGAUACAAAGAAGGAAGAAAAACGAGCAAGACAAAGAUCAUCAUCUAAUGAUUCGUCUUCCUCCGAAUCAGACUCUGGGUCCUCAUCAUCUGGGUCCUCUAGCUCAUCCACAUCCUCUCAAGAGAAAACCUCCUCCACCUCAAGAGGUAGAAGGGAAGGGAAACCUAAAAGAGAUUCCUCACCACAGCACAGGGUGACACGAGAGGCUCAGGCUGGGGGUUUAAAGGAAACUCCAAAAGCCUCCCUUAGCAAAAGAGAGAAGUCUGUAGAGAAGAGUAACACAACUGCUGACGGAGACGGUCACACCAAGAAGCCAUUCAUUGAAGCACCGACCAGAGAGGAGACACAAAGGAAGAGGAAGGACACCGAGGGAGAGGAGGAAGCGGAGAAAAACAGGCAGGUGAAGGAGACUGCCAUGGCAGACCCAGAGAAGCUUCAGGAGACCAGCGAGGAGACGCCAAAGGCCUUCUCAGCUCGUAAGAUCUCUAUCAGCAGCAGUAAAUCGUCCCCUGGCACUGGCAGUGCAGAGGGUGAGCAGGACUCUGGGGCCGCGGCCGGUCGCAAGAGGAGGUGGGGCUCCAGCACAGCUGUCACUGCCAAGAAACCUUCCAUCAGCAUCACUACAGAUUCACUCAAGUCUCUGAUCCCAGACAUUCGUCCGAGUCUCGGCCAGGAGGCAGUAGUGGACCUACACCCAGAGGAAGCUGUCCUCUCUGGAGCCGAGGAUGAAGAGAGGGAGCGCUCUGAUCAGGACCUUCAGAUCCGACGCACUGUCACGCAGGUGGUGCAUCCGGAGAGCCAGGAGAAUGGACAGAAAGAGGCAAAGAGGAGCAGACACGAGGAGUCGGAGGAGGACGACCCGCAGGGAGACAGAGAGAGGACAGGGGUGCACGAAGAGAAGACGGACACCUCAUUUCCUGCACCCAUGGAAACCCAGUCUCCAUCACACACCAGCCAUGAUGUAGAAAUCAACACUGUGACAACCGGCGACACCCUCAUUCGUCGCUCCAUCAGCCAGCAGAAAACAGGCGUUUCCAUCACAAUCGAUGACCCUGUUCGCUCGGCCAAGCAGCCGUCGCCACCUCGCGGCAAAGUCUCCAACAUUGUUCACAUCUGCAACCUGGUGAGGCCGUUCACUCUGGGCCAGCUUAAGGAGCUGCUCAGCAGAACUGGCACCCUGGUGGAAGAGGGCUUCUGGAUCGACAAAAUCAAGUCUCACUGCUACGUCACCUACUGCAGCUCAGAGGAGGCGGUCGCUACACGGGCAGCUCUUCAUGGAGUGAAAUGGCCUCAGAGCAACCCCAAAGUCCUCAGCGUAGAGUUCUGCCAGCAGGAUGAGCUGGACUUCCACAAAGGCUCGGCAGACAGACCCGGAGCAGAGGAACAUGGGCCCGGUGCCGGCCGCGGUCGAGCGUUGGGCCUGCCCUCUCUCCUCCCCGAGCGAGACCAGUGGGCCGAGCGCGAGCGCGAGAUGGAGCGCCGAGAGAAGGCCAGAGCAGAGCGGGAGUGGGAUCGAGACAAAGUCAAAGAGUUUGGGAAACCCGGCGAGGAGACGGAGGGAGGUCCCCGGAGGUCACGCUCCAGAGAGAAACGCCGCAAGGAGAGGGGAAAGAGUAAGGAGAAGAAGACUGAGAAGAAAGAGAAAGUGGCUGAGGAUCCCCCUGCAAAGCUGCUGGAUGAUCUGUUCCGCAAAACUAAAGCAGCUCCUUGCAUAUACUGGCUUCCACUUACAGAGGAGCAGUUUGUCCAACGGGAAGCUGCCCGAGCAGACCGGAUGAAGGAGCGUGAGAAACGGAGGAAGGAGCAAGAGGAGGAGGACGAGAAAAAAAGGGAAGAGGAGCGCAAGGAGAGGAUGAAAGCCGGAGGCGGCCCAACCGCAGAGCGGAGUGAGGGUGAGAAGGAAAAGGAAAAGGAAAAGGACAGGGACAGAGAGCGGGACAGAGACAGAGACCGAGGUAGGGACAGGGAGAGGGAGAGGGAGAAUGACAAACGCAGGGAUGGCUACCGCAGGCCGGAGGGCCGCGGGGCAGGCGGGGGGCCGACGCUCACGCAGCCGCAGCGACCCACGAGAAAGGCGACGUUAAUGGCCAAUCACCUGAUGGAACUGUUCUAGAGACCGCCCUCUUCCAUUUGCCUUUCACUACAUGUACUUUGUUACAACUAAGACCCAACAGAGGACCAACUGAUGUCGUCACCAUCUCUCAAAUUAUCACUUUUUUUAAAGCACAUCUACACCUACACCCAGUCAUGCUUAAAGGGGACCAUGGUUUUUUGCAGUGUUGUUUCCCAGAGUGCUGUACGUCGCGCUUCUGUCAAGGUUUCAUAUAUUUUCUUUAUACGUUUGCCUCUCUUUUUUCUUAAGUUUUUGUCUUGACGGUUUCGCAGUAUGACACGCUGGGUCAUUUUAAUAAUUUUCCCCAAUGUUCCCCAUUUUCCCCAAAGUGUAGGUGCCAAUUAUGAUUUGCAAUCAAUUGUCGUCGCCUCCGCGUUUUUAACAGCUCUGAAACCUGGAUGAGGAAUCUUUUUUGUUGCUGCAUGUAGUCCAAGGCUCUCCUUGCCAGUCCUGCCUAAAGAGAAAACUCUGCCCUCUGAGCAGAGGCUUGCAUAAAUCUGAAAAUAUUGGAAUAGGUGUGUUUGGCAUUUUGUACAGACAUGUAAGAUUACUCAAAAUCAAGUCUUUAAAUGAGGCAGCUCUGGGGUAUUUUUGGACAGGUGUGGAAUAACUACUAACGCAAUGCAGUGUUCCUCUCUCCCUCUAUUUAGUUAAAGAGAUGAGACGAUUCUCUGUGGAGGGGGAAUCGAUGUCACACCUGACACAAGCUAUAGUUACGUCCUCAUCAUUGAUUCUCUUCUUCCUCCUUCCUUUCCUCCUCUUCCUCCACUUCUCUUACCCUGUAGUGUCAACACAGGCCCCAGGAAGGGAGGUUGCAUUAUGAGUUUUCUCACCAAUGGUUUUAAUAUUGUUUUUUAAUCUUUUAUUUUAUCAUUUUAGUACCAAGGUUUUGUUUUUGUUUUUUAAUUUCUUCUUCUUUGAGUACGCCUAUCAGUGGUGAAUGUACAAAUAAUAAAAAUUGAAAUUUGAAA